AAGAAGAAGUUCCCGCUAAGCUCCACCGCUUCAUCUGAAUAUUUCCAAUCAAAUAAUAAGCAGCGAUUAAAAAUGUUGCAUCUAGAAACUCCCGCGCUUAUGGAAAUCUAAAAACAGAAACGGCUGCGGUCUAAACACAAUCUUGAAAUCGACAGAAACCGUUGAACAUUUCGCGAAAGUCAGACAUGCCUGAGUGAUUUUGUGAAUAAGUUGGUGCGGUUUGUUUUCGUGAAUCCGAAAGAGUGAUUGCUGCUGCUUCUUCGAAUUGGAUGUUUCGCGUUAAUUGAAAUUCUAUUUUUCGCAUCUGAUGGUCGUAUGAUAUCAUGACGACGAUCUGAAAAUCGAGAAAAGAAAAAAGAAGAUAUCCCACUCAUGUUUUUCCUGCAGAAUGAUACGCCUCGAUAAAGUACGUAAAAAAUCCCAUGCAGGUCAGAGGAAGAAAUGGCAAGACGAAGAAAUUGGAGGAACGUCUGAUACCAUUUCUAGCGAGGAUGCAUCUGAUUAUGAAAUAAGCGAACCAGGAAGGGAAAGGCCAACGCAAGAGAUAUGGAAUGAUGAGCAGAUUUGGAAUGAUUUACAAAACCUUGACGAGGCGGAACGGUGCAUUCAGCUAUUGAACUACGAAGACAAUGAUGUCCUUCUAGAAGAUGUUAAUAAUGAAACGGUACUAUUGCUGGCCUUAUGGCUGGAAAAGAAUGAUGUAGUUGAAAAGGUGCUGAACAAGUACAAGAAUAUCGAAGCGAAAGAUACAUGCGGAAGAUAUGCUGUACACCUGGCAGCCUACAUCGGAAACGCAGAAGGAUUGAAGCUCCUCAUACACCAUGGUGCCAAAGUUGAUACAUGGGACACCAAAUACAAAGUAACCCCCUUACAUUGCGCGGCUAGCAAGGGAAAUCUCGAGUGUAUUAAAAUACUGAUAAGGCAUGGUGCAGAUGUCAAUUCAGGCAUAAAAACAAGCAAAAGCCCUCUGCAUUUCGCCGUAUACUCUAUGGCAACGGAAGCUGUUGCAGAAUUAUUGGAUAACGGAGCCACUCCAAACACCACACAGGUGUUCAGCGAAACGCCCCUACACGUAGCAGCAGCCCUGGGAUCCUCGGAGAUCAUCAACCUCCUGCUCAAACACGGAGCCGCCGUGGACAUACAGUGCGGCUUCGACAAAGUGACCCCCCUACACCUGGCAGCCAGCGAGGGCGACCCAGAAUGCUGCCGCCUCCUGCUCAGGGCCAAGGCGCCCACCAACGCCCGGAACCACAAACUCCAAACGCCGCUCCACCUAGCCGCCCUAUCGCAAUGCGCGGAAACCCUGGAGGUCCUGCUGAGGGCGGGCGCCGAUCCCAACGCCACUGACAUCGACGGCCGCACCCCCCUGCACAGCUCCAUCGUCAAGGUGACCAGAUCCUGCGAGUGCGUCCGGUUGCUGCUGAAACACGGUACGGAGAUCAACAAACCGGACGCCUUCGGUUACACCGCGCUCCAUCUAGCGGCCUUGAACGAAUUCUCGCACUGCGUCAUGUUCCUGAUAAACAACGGAGGCGACGUGACUGCCAGGACCAACGGAGGGAUAUCGGUCUUGAAUUUCAUAACCAGGAAAACGCCCGACGUCAUCCCCAAGUAUCUGCUGAAAUUCGACGAGUCGAUCAGGUUGAACGACCACGAGAUCGGAGACGUGGACUGCGAAUUGAAACUGGAUUUCAGGGCGUUGGUGCCCAGUAUGGGUCACAAGGAAACCGAGCUGUUGCUCAAUUUCAUCGAGGUCGGACACAAGGACAUCCUGAAACAUCCCUUAUGCGAAACCUUCUUAUUCUUAAAAUGGCGAAGGAUAAGGAAAUUCUUCCUAUUCAGCUUAUUCUACCAUUCACUCUUCGUUUCCUUAUUCUCAUUUUACAUCCUCGGUGUCUUCCUGAAAGACUGCACCCCCUCCAAUUCACUGGGUAGCACAUUUUGCGAUGUGAACGAAAUCACGAAGAUCAUCGGCUACACGCUGAUCUCCCUCAACGUCCUGAUGUUGGGGAAGGAGUUGUUCCAGAUAGCGCACAGUUGGCGCACCUACAUCAAGCAGUGGGAGAACUGGUUGCAAUGGAUGAUCAUAAUUUGCGUUUUCGCUUGCGUGAACCCGCACAGCUCCAGGAUGAACAUACGGACCAACAUCCAGAUGUGGCAACACCACGUCGCGGCCGUCGGUAUAUUCCUCACGUGGUUGGAACUCAUGAUGAUCGUUGGUCGUUUUCCGACCUUCGGUCUGUACAUCCAGAUGUUCACGACGGUUUCGGUAAAUUUCGUUAAAUUCAUGGCGGCUUAUUUCUGCCUCCUGCUGGCGUUCGCCCUGUGUUUCGGAGUCAUCUUCGCCAACUACAAUUCGUUCAAGAGACUCCCCCUAGUGCUGAUCAAAGUUAUAGUGAUGAUGUCUGGCGAGCUGGAAUACGAGGAUAUAUUUUUCGAUGAGACCCAACCGAUCAAGUUCCCCUGGACCGCCCAAGUGAUGUUCCUGGCGUUUGUCGUGUUGGUGACGAUAAUCCUGACGAAUCUUAUGGUCGGAUUGGCUGUCAGCGACAUACAAGGCUUACAACAGAGCGCCGGUUUGGAUCGUUUGGUGCGCCAAGCGGAGCUGGUCGCGCAUCUGGAGAGCAUGCUAUUCUCCAAACUCCUCAUAUGUAUCCCGAACAAAUUGAUGAAAUUCCUCCAUCGGCAAUCGUUGCUGCUGAAAUCCGAGUACCACUGGGCGUUGUAUAUACGUCCUAACGAUCCGAGGGAGACCAGAAUCCCAAAAUAUAUAAUAACCAACAUUUACAAUUUGGUGGUGGAAAAAAGGGAGAAGUUGAGAAAGAGAUUCAAGAAAAGGAUAACGGAGCAAUAUAGUGGUAAUACGAAUUCUUUCGUGUCGCCCGGUCUAUCCAGAAUCAAUUCUUACAUGAGUUACGUAGCUGCGGAAAAUCCCAAGGGCAAAUCGGUCAGAUCGCAGGUGGAUGACCUUGGCAACGAAUUUAUUGAAUUUACGCGUAGUUUUAAGACUCGAUUAGAAAAGAUGUAUCGACAAUUAUCAUCGGAUAAAAACGAGAAGGGGGCUAAAGUUAACAAACAAUCUUCCUUGGAGAAAGACUAUCAAAUUAUUUGAAAAGUA